GAUGUCGGAUCAUGCGAUCUGGAUGUUACCUCCCAAUUUUCUUCACCGCACAGUAAUAUUCCUCUCUUCUUUGCAUAAUCAAAUAUCAUCUUUUCGAUACCAGCAUUACCACUCCUUUUGGCCCACCAAAGUACAGUGCGUCCAAGACAAUCUCGAGAGUCACAAGCAACAAGUUCAGUAGCUAGCAGGAUCUUUACCACCCCUGCGUGAGAGUUCCGUACUGCUAUUGAUAAGAGCGUUGAACCAUAGUAGUCUUCCUGGCUCGGAUCAACGAUGCUGCUGGUAAGAAUGGUUGUUACUAUCGAGCCAUAGCCAUAUUUAGUCGCAUAGAACAAUGGUGUUCGGCCACAGUUAUCUUUCACAUCGGGCUUUGCCUUCCCUAUACCGAGCAGCAGCUUCACCACCACCUCAUGUCCAUUUUCUGCAGCUAACGAUAGCGGCGUCUGACCGUACUUGGAGUCCUUGCACUCCAGGUCAGCCCCCUUCUCGAGGAGUAGCCUAACUAUUGCUUCAUGUCCGUUCUCUGCAGCCAGCGACAGUGAUGUCUGUCCGAAUCCAGAGUCUUUAGACUCCAGGUCAGCCCCCUUCUCGAGGAGUAGCUCGACGACUGCCUCAUGGCCAUUUUCUGCAGCUAAUGAAAGCGACGUCUGUCCAAAUUUAAAGUCUUUGGAGUCCAAGU